AUGAUUUUUGAAGGAAAUUAUAAUUUUCAAAAUCAAAUCAAAGAACAAAAAGAGUCAAAUUUUAAUUAUUCAAACAUAUCACCAAUUCAAACACCAUUUCCAACACCAACAUCAACACCAUUAUCUUCACCAAAAAUAAUAGAGAGAACAAGUUCCAAUAAAAAUUCAAAUACACUCAAAUCCAUAAUAUUAUCAAUUGAAAAUGAUUUUUCUUAUAAAAUUAAUAUUGGUGUAAAUACUAUUGGACGCUCUUCAACAUCAUCUAUUUCUUUAAAAUCUUCAAAAUUAGAUACUUCUGUAACUUCACGUAAACAUUGUACUAUUUAUUAUGAUAAUUUUGGUUUACGUAUUACUAGUAAUAGUUUAAAUGGAUUAACAAAAAUUUAUAGAAAUGGAUGUAAUAUUUAUUUAAGACAUAAUCAAAUAUCACCCUUAUAUGUUGGAGAAACUAUUCAAAUUGGACAUAUUAAAGCAAAAAUUAAUUAUGGUAUAAGUAAUAGUCCACAAUUAAAUUUAGAAUCAAUGGAUAACAAUGAAAAUGGUAAUGGUAUUAAUGUAAAAUCACAACAACCACAACAAAAUAAUAAUAAUAAUAAUAAUAAUAAUAAUUUAAAAUUAUCAAACCAAGAAAUAACCACAAAAUCAAUUUACCCACCAAAUUAUCAUCAAACUCGUAUACAUCAUGUCCGUUUUAUUCCUUUUUUUUAUAAUAGAAAAUCAAUUUCCUCUUCUUUGUCAUCAUCAUCAGCAUCAUCAUCAGCAGCAUCAUCAUCAUCAGCAGCAUCAUCAUCAUCUCUAUCACCUGAAAUAAAAUCAAACAAAAUGAAAAAAGUUUGUAAAAAAUUAACAAAAAAAAAAACAUCAAUUAAUAGUUUAAGUUUACUUUUCGAUAAAAUUAAUAUUGGAAGUAGUGUUAGUAAUAAUCAUAGUGAUGUUGACCAAAAUGAAAUAUAUUUUGGUGAAGAACAACAAGAAUUAUGUGUUGGAGGUUUUGAUAUUGAAAAUGAAAAUCAAAUUGGAUAUGAAUUAAAAUAA